CUUACCAAAGGCAGCUAUAAGAUUAAGUAUCAUGCAGAUGGGGUUGAUAAGGAACCUAUUGAAAUUGACUUUACGCCACCUUUUAGAAGGAUUGACAUGAUUGACGAAUUAGAGAAGAUGGCAGGCCUAAAUAUUCCCAAAGACUUGUUGAGUGAGGAAGCUAAUCAAUAUUUGAAGGAUGCGUGCUUGAAGUAUGAGAUCAAAUGUCCCCCACCUGAGACAACUGCUCGUUUGUUGGAUAAACUUGUGGGUCAAUUUCUGGAAGAAACGUGUGUAAAUCCUACAUUCAUCAUAAACCAUCCUGAGAUAAUGAGUCCUUUAGCAAAGUGGCACAGAUCAAAACCAGGCCUGACUGAACGUUUUGAAUUGUUUGUCAGUAAACGUGAAGUUUGCAAUGCAUAUACUGAAUUGAACGACCCUGUAGUACAACGACAGAGAUUUGCUGAACAAUUAAAGGAUCGGCAGUCAGGCGAUGAUGAAGCCAUGGCCCUGGAUGAAACAUUUUGUACAGCUCUGGAGUAUGGUUUGCCACCUACUGGUGGUUGGGGUUUGGGUAUUGAUCGGUUGACAAUGUUACUGACAGAUUCACAGAAUAUCAAGGAGGUUCUUCUCUUCCCUGCCAUGAAACCUCAAGACUGAGCCUUCAACCAAUCUUUUUAAAUCUCAGCGAUAAAAUGAUUAUACACACUUAGGUAUGUCCUGUCUCAAGACCUUGAGUGAAUACCCCAC